UGAAUGAAUGAAUGUAGGAAUGGUUUGGUCAAGCUACAAUAGACCAUUAAAAUUUCUUCUUGUUUAAUGGUGUGCAGUAGGACCCAGGGGAUGACUGCCAGUCUGGAGGACAGAGGAGUAUGUGUCUGUUUGAAAGAGGAUGAAAAAAAAUCCCAGAGACACAAUGUGUGACAGUUACAGCCCUUCACAGGAAAGGACACGGUGUGUUAGAGCAUCCUUAUGGACACCUGCCUAAGUACGUGAAUACUGAUCAACAUCACUGGAAAUAGGAAGAGCAGGAGGAAAGUUUCCACACAUGUGAAAAAUGUCCAGAUGUUCAUAUCUCGGGUCUGAUUGGAGAUUUAUCAAAAAAAGCAAAGAAGUCUGUGAAGUUGACAGAGAUGGUCUCAACACAAAUGCUUGACGUACAGAAGAGAAAACAACAUUUAAGCAUGGAGAAGCUCGGUUCCAUAUCAAACCCGUGAAGCAUGGAGCAAGCCGUGCCAGGUCUGAUGCUGGGUCUCCUGGCCAAUCACACAACUCCAAAUGACACAGCCGGCCAGCGGAGCACAACCAAACCUAACCCUCUCAGCAUGGAGGAGGUCAUCCACUCAGAAUCCCAGAUUAAGGAUCUUGUUGGGCUGUUUUGCAUGGUGACCCUUAACCUGGCAGCCCUAUUGGGCAACAGCGGAGUCAUGGUGGCCAUUGCCCGAGCUCCACACAUGAAAAAAUUUGUGUUUGUCUGUCAUCUUUGUGCAGUUGACCUGCUUUGUGCUAUUUUGCUGAUGCCUCUUGGGAUAGUAUCUAGCUCUCCGUUCUUCAGCACUGUAGCAUUUACUGUUCUGGAGUGCCAAGUGUACAUCUUUCUAAACGUGUUCCUCAUCUGUGCCUCUAUUCUUACAGUGACUGCGAUCAGUAUUGAACGCUAUUACUACAUUGUCCAUCCUAUGCGAUAUGAGGUAAAGAUGACUCUAAACCUGGCGCUUGGUGUUAUGGUCUUCAUUUGGGUCAAAUCCAUCCUGCUGGCGGUGGUUACGCUUCUUGGUUGGCCAGCAUAUGGGAAUCAGAGCUCCAUUGCAGCAGCCCACUGCUCUUUACACUGGAGCCACAGCCGUCUUAGGAAGGUUUUUGCUAUUCUCUUCAGCGUGCUUUGCUUCCUGGUUCCCGCUGUUGUGAUUUUUGCCGUUUAUUGCAAUGUAUACAAAGUUGCACGAACGGCAGCCCAUCAGCAUGCACUGAUGCCCACCUCGAUGGCCAACCAGGCUAAGCGUCGCUCGGAUUCUAUUAACAGUCAGACCACUAUCAUCACCACCACUCGCAGCCUCCCCCAGAGAUUGUCUCCUGAGAGAGUUUUUGGGGGAGGAAAGGCUGCUAUCACCCUGGUCGUCAUUGUAGGCCAAUUUCUUAUCUGUUGGCUCCCAUACUUCAGUUUCCACCUUCACAUGUCCAUCACCACUCCACUUCAAAGCCCAGGGGACAUCGAAGAAGCCGUCACGUGGCUAGCGUACUCCUCGUUUGCUGUGAAUCCAUUCUUCUAUGGUCUUCUAAACCGACAGAUCCGCGAGGAACUGAUAAAACUGAGAAAAUGUUGUUUCCGUAGACCCAUUGAACUUCGAGCCUCCAAUCACGAAGGUUCCACCCAGGAAAACUUUCUUCAGUUUCUGCAGAGGUCCAGCAGCACGGCUGAGACCACUAGGCCCAGUUGUGGCAAUUCCAAUCCGAGGAAUACUUUGGACCAGGGUUCCAGGUUACCUGGCCAGAUUCCUGAGGAUUGACUGGGAAAACGAUGCCACUAGCCAAACCAAGCCUUAUGAAGUUUUGUUUUUAAUAAGAAGGGCAUUCAUUCAAUGUUAAAUCUGUGCAAAUUCAGAUCUAACUGCUCUUCGGACCAGUGUAAUCUAUGUAUCCAUAAUUUGUCAUUUUGGUUCCCAUAGAUCAGUGGCAACAGUAAGUAUUUAUGAUGUUUAAAUAUCAAAUUUCACAACUUUUGUUGCAUAUUCAUUUAUUUCUGAAAAAUUUUAUAGUUUCAUAAUAUCAUCAUACACAAUAAAUACUAUUAUUUAAGUCUUAACUCAUAAUGGUGCCUGUAUUGAUACUUUGUUGACACAAAUAUAAAUUAUAAAUAAUAUUAUAUAUAUUAUUUUGGUGAAAAUAAUAAAACAUAUUUCUAGCAUUUGAAAUGUGCUUUAAUGGAUCGCUUUUAUUAAGUUUCUCACUCCACAAGUUACAUUACCAGGCCUAAUUCUGUUUGGUUUGAGGAAAAGAACCUUCUUCGUUUAUCUGAAGGAGCUCUGAUGUUCGUUACUAAUACCAUGUUGCCCUGUAACCAUGGAAAUGUGAUGAUGAGAUAGAGACUUGCAUAGCAACAGGGCGCCUUUGAGUAUCGUCCUAACAGAUUAGCUGAAAUAAAGGGUUUCAGGCUAGCUCUUUUUAUAAGCUGCACUAUAUGGUAAUACCUGUUUUAUAUGACUAUUAUGUAAAGGAAUAAAUUACCUAUAGUUUGAGAUGCAGACUCUUAAUGUAACCUUUGAGAGCAGUGUACUAGAAAGCAUUACCAUGCAAUGCAAGUGUGCAGAAUGAGAUAACGUGCUGCAAUUUUAUGGUCUUUUGCCUUUUAGUUUACAACUUUAACUUUAGGGAAAAAAUCAGGAGCCAACUUGUUUGUUCUUAGCAAACACUGACAAUGACCUUUUUACCGGUUCAUAUUGCAGACUAGAUGUUGAAUUUGUUUUAAUUAUGUAACUUGGGCUGUACAGUAUAUUCAAUGCUUUAGUUUAGAAAAUGUAACAGGUCUGUUUGCUGGUGUGUGUAAAUGAUAGUGGUGUGAAGGAACUGCAUAUACAAAUAAAAUUGCUUCAAGAUCGGAUUUCAUCCCUAUAAAUAAAAAAAAACAUGGCCUGUAUAUACACAAUAUAU